CUCUGCUCUGCUUUGUCCUGCGAACAGAAAGCACUCUGCGCAGCCACAGACAACACCCUAGCCAUGUCAGACCCAACUCCGAAGAUCAGAAUCCUCAAGGGCGCGGAGCCGGACCUGUCUGCCGCGACCUACCAGAUCCACGACGAGUCGCAUACUAUUGGGAAUGCGUUGCGGUGGAUGCUGAUGAAGAACCCGAAGGUCGAGUUCUGCGGAUACAGCGUUCCCCACCCAUCAGAGAAUCACAUUCACCUGCGGAUCCAGAUGUAUGAUAACCUUUCGUCAUUGACUGCCCUCCUGACUGCCCUCUCCAACCUUGACGACCUCUGCGUGGCGAUCGAAGACGCAUACAAAACUAGCCUGCGGUCAGACAACAUUGAGUACUGGGACGAGAGCGGUUGAGCCUCACACGACGGUUCCGUCAUUCCUGGUAUCACACGCCAUUACCUCUGUAUCCUUAUUCCUGUAGACGUAGAUGCUCCAUGCUUUCGAUAUGCUUUCGCGCAUGCUGACAGUUUCCGUAGUAGGGUGUGAGCCGGAUAUAUGAGACAACAUGAAUACUAGUACAGGCCAUCAUAAGACGGCUAACAAUU